AUGGGCAACCACGCUGUUUUCAGGUCCGCUCUGGUUUGUUUGGCCCUAGUUGUAGUGAUAGUUGGGAUUUGCACGCAGUCUUUUACGAAGAUGAUGGUGACGUACCUGGUGGGCGUGGUCGGAAUCGGGGGUGUUCUUUUGCCGGAUUGGGCUUACUUUGACAGGGACUUUUCGCGGUGGGGUUCUCCAGUUACGGUUGAGGAAAGAGCCUCUGCGUAUGCAACUGCGGAAAGAUCUGGACUAGCAAGAUUCAAAAGGUAUCCUAUGAGAUUAACUGCUUAUGCCUCAAUCUAUGGGUUUGCUGUGUAUAAGUGGUGGAGCUUUGUAUCAAGUUAA